AUGCAAGCACAAACUAGUCAUCAUAGUCCGAAUAGCAAUGAGAACGAUGUUUUUUUCCAGAGAGCAAUGGAGGCUCUAGCUGUUACGUCUUUAAACACAGAUACCCUUGACCCUGUAAUUAAGGAACUACUAUAUCGUGUACGGGGUAUUUCAAGUGAUAAUUCUGCCUUAUCUGUCCAUAAUGAUACGGCUCAAAACAGUUUAGGGAAUAGCAUCCAUGAAUAUCCAACUGAUUCAACAAGUUUCCAAGUACAAGCCAUGAUUGAUAAAAUGAAUACAGCUGAAAAUAAUAAAAGUUUGGACAAUAUAUACGAUGUCUCUAACAAUUCUAUGAUUUCGACUGACUCACAAUACCGAAGCAUUGACACAUCUCAAUUAAAUCACGCCUUACUUGGGUCAUCAUCUCAAUAUGUUGUUUGUAAUAAAUGUGAUAUGGAAUUUACAAGACAAUCAGACUUAAAGAGGCAUGAAAAGACGCAUAUGUCUGUGGGGCCUCAUAUCUGUUCACAAUGUGGUAAAGAUUUUGCCAGAAAAGAUUCUCUGAAAAGACAUGCUAAUACAAUGCAAUGUAAGAAAAACAGAGAAAAACUGCAGAAUGAAUAUUUUGGGCAAGAUGUUGACUUAGUUAUCAAGCAGAUUCAACAACAAAGUAACGUGCCUAAUGACUCGAGCUAG